AAGUGGGACCUGAAGCCGGAAGCCGGAAGCGGGUCUGUGGUGGACGUGUUCAGGGGAACCGGGAGCCGGCGGGACUGAGCAAUGGAUCCGCUGUACCAGCAGACCCACAAGCAGGUCCAUGAGAUCCAGUCUCACAUGGAACGCCUGGAGACGUCAGACAAGGAGUCUUUGCACUUAGUAGAAAAUGAAAUCCAAGCAAGGAUAGACCAGAUAUUCAGCAGCCUGGAACGCCUGGAGAUUUUGUCCAGCAAAGAGCCCCCUAAUAAGCGCCAGAACGCCAAACUUCGUGUCGACCAGUUAAAGUAUGAUGUCCAGCACCUGCAGACUGCACUGAGGAACUUCCAGCAUCGGCGAUAUACAAGGGAGCAGCAGGAGAGGCAGCGAGAAGAACUUCUGGCAAGAACCUUCACCACGAAUGACUCUGAUACUACCAUACCCAUGGAUGAAUCACUGCAGUUUAAUUCCUCCCUCCAGAAAGUUCACCACGGCAUGGAUGACCUCAUUGGAGGCGGGCACAGUAUUCUGGAGGGACUGAGGGCACAAAGAAUGACCCUGAAGGGCACUCAGAAGAAGAUCCUGGAUAUUGCUAACAUGCUGGGGUUAUCCAACACUGUCAUGCGACUUAUUGAGAAGCGGGCCUUCCAAGACAAGUACUUCAUGAUAGCUCCUUGGAGGGGAAAGCCAAGACCACUCAAGAAACUUUGUUCUUGGGAGCCAAGUGACCACCCCACCCUGAUCUGGGGAAGGAAAGGAAAAAGGAAAUGCCUUAAAUGGUUUUGCCCACACAGCCUAUGUUCUUUGUCAGAAGAAUCUGAAGAUAUUAGCCUUGGUGACAAGAAGGCUCAAACACUUGUGGCACUCAGCUGCACUGGGACAGGGUUGGAGGUGGAGUGAGGGGGCAGUGAACAGAAUGGAACAGGUACUUCUCCCAAAGUCCAUAAGGGAAAAAUUAGAUAGCCAUUUCCCACACCAGUUGCAGGAAGACUAGUGCACCUGCUUUUUGCCUUCCACCCACAACUGUUGCUUCCUCCCUACCCUCCCCCCCAAAAAAUAUAGGUGUGCAGAUUAAACCUACCCCCUAAAAAAAUAGGGGUGCAGAUUGAAUCUACCCUGCUAGCAGGGCAGCCUAAUGCUUUCUAACAUUCCCCCUGGAGCCAUUAACCAUCAACAUGGGAAGAACAAAAAAAAUGAAGAUACUGUUAACAAUGAGUGAAUUUUUACACA